GAAACCUCGGGUAUAUAAGGGGUAUAUGUACGGAUGGCGGGGUUUGAGACAAAGGGACGCUAGACAUCAUGAAGAUUCUUGUACUUGCAUUGAUCUGUGCUUUGGCCAAGGCUGGACCCGUUCAAAGAGAGAACAGGGCAUCAAGCGGCUGCUUGGAUGCAUUUGCCAACAUCCCUAGUCCGUGCCAUAAGAACCCCACCAAGCAGGUCUACUUUCCCCACCCUACCGACACUACCAAGUUCCUUCAGUGCGACGUGUUCGAGCGCAUGUACAUCAUCCAGUGCCCCGUGGGAGAACUCUACAACGCCGCCACCACCUCAUGUCGUCCACGUAACCAGGGCACACAAGCUCCUCUUGUAGUCUCCACCCAGAGACCCGUCCAGACCAACGGACCCUUCCCGACCAACAGACCUGGCCUCUCUGGAAACCCCUGCACCCCACAGAAUAUUGCACAGAACAAUAUUUACUUCUCAAUCAAAGGCGACGACAGCCACUUCAUCGAAUGCGACCCCCUCGGCAGUGCCAGCAUCUUGCCCUGCCCGGCUGGACUCCGCUGGGAUCAGAAGGUCGUGGCCUGUGUUUACCCGCCCAAUAUGACCCCGACCAAUAACCCUGUCAUCCUUCUUCCAACCACAAAGAACCCUUUCGGAAACUCCAACGCCAACCCGUGCACCGCCGCAGCCCUAGCGUCUGGGAAGUUCUUCUUUCCCUACCCUGAUGCGCACAAAUUCAUUCAGUGUGACCCUUGGGGCGAUGUCUACAUCAACUCCUGUCCCAGCGGCCUCAUUUGGAACUCCCACCUCGAGACCUGCUUUUCACCCUUCCAAGCCGUCGGGGGGAUCGUUUAACUGUGACUUGAGGUCUUGGAGUGACUGGCCAAAUUUUGAGGGGAUUGUUUCGGGUAUCCUGAAAAAUGCCAUUGUAUUUGCAAUCAAAUGUGUUUGUAUUUAAAUUAAAUAAAGAUUUUUUUAUCAAAACUA